CCCUCCCUGGUUGCGAUGGAGUCGGUGCGGGCGGCGCGACUGCAGCCGGGGCUGGGCUCGCUGCGCUCCCUGCGCCCGGGGGUCACCGGGGCCCCGGCCCCGCCGCCCGGCCCAGCGGCAGCGCUGCCAGCAGCGGCUCCGGGGCUGGGGCUGGGGCUGCCGCCGCCGCCGCCCCCGCUGGGGCUGCAGGGACCCGCCGCGCCGCCGCUGCCCGGCUGCGGGCCGCCCGCUGUGCUGCGGGAGGCGGUGGAGGCCGUGGUGAGGAGCUUCGCCAAGCACACGCAGGGCUACGGCCGCGUGAACGUCGUGGAGGCCCUUCAGGAGUUCUGGCAGAUGAAGCAGUCACGCGGCGCUGACCUGAAGAACGGAGCCCUCGUGGUGUACGAGAUGGUCCCUUCCAACAGCCCCCCUUACGUCUGCUACGUCACCCUGCCCGGGGGCAGCUGCUUCGGCAGCUUCCAGUUCUGUCCCACCAAGGCUGAAGCCCGGAGGAGCGCUGCCAAGAUCGCGCUGAUGAAUUCCGUGUUCAAUGAGCACCCUUCCCGACGGAUCACGGAUGAGUUCAUUGAGAAGAGUGUUUCCGAGGCUCUGGCAUCCUUCAACGGCAAUCGAGAGGAAGCUGAUAAUCCCAACACCGGGAUCGGUGCCUUCCGCUUCAUGCUGGAAUCUAACAAGGGGAAAUCGAUGCUGGAGUUCCAGGAGCUGAUGACCGUGUUCCAGUUGCUGCAUUGGAACGGCAGCCUCAAAGCCAUGCGGGAGAGGCAGUGCUCACGGCAGGAGGUCCUGGCUCACUAUUCCCACCGUGCUCUGGAUGAUGACAUAAGGAACCAGAUGGCCAUGGACUGGGUGAACCGGGAGCAGAGCAGCCCGGGGGCUCUUUCCAGGGAGCUGGCAUCCACGGAGCGGGAGCUGGAUGAAGCCCGCCUGGCUGGGAAGGAGCUGCGCUUCCAUAAGGAGAAGAAAGACAUCCUGAUGCUGGCCGCUGGCCAGCUGGGAAGCACACACUCCUCCAGCUGCUAGGCUCCAGUGCUGGCAUCCCAAUUCCCAAUGGGUUCUAGCCCUAAUGCAUGUUCCCAACUUCUGGCCCAUUUGCACAGCGGAGAGGAAUUGGAAAGGGAAAAGCUCCUUUAGAGAUCUCAAAACCAUGUUGUAAUACUUUGCUUCCAGCUGUGCUCCUCCUGCUCUGGUGGUAUUCCAGAGGCGGCAGCAUUCCAGGGAUUUAGCACUUCUUGGAGCACAGACCUGCUUUCUGGUGCUGUUCUGCUUCUAGAAUAGAGGGGGCUCUAUCAAACCCCUUCACAACGAGUUCAAGCCCAGAGGGGAAAAGCUCCUGAGCAUGGCAAAAGGGACUUAAACUGGGAUCUUGUCUGGCCAGGCUUAAACAUGGGAAUCCGGCAUUCCAGGCUUGGGAUUUGCAGCCCUGCUCUGGCUCUUCAUGCCCAGGGUGGGCUGUAGUGCAUUAACAACCACGCCAUAUGGUGCUUAAGGGGGGUUUAAUUCAUCUCCUGCCCUGCUCCUCCUUAAUCCUUGUUGGAUGCUUGGAGUGUUGAACCCAAAUCCCAGCUGCAGCUGGGAGCUCUGCUGGCAAUGGAGGGUUUGGGUUUCCAGGUGAGUGUUUGAUGCUCAAAGGAGGUGGAUGUUCCUUCUGGAGCAUCCUUCCCAAGCCAGCUUCCAAAGGCCUAGCUAGGCUUCCCAUGGGAAGCAGGGAAUGGGGAGUCCUGGGAAUGCCAGGACUUCAAAUCAGGUCUGGUUCCCUGCAGCUGGGGUUAAGUCCCAGUUAACCAGAGCUGGGUUUAAGUCUUGCUAAACCAGAACUCAUUUUAAGUCUUGCUUAACCAGAGCAUGUUUAAGUCUCAGUUAACCAGCGCUGUGCUUAAACCUCAGGUAACUGGAACUGAUUUGAAGUGUCAGCUAACUGGAGCUGGGUUUAAGUCUUUGUUAACCAGAUCAGUGUUUAAGCCUUACCUAACCAGAGCUGGGUUUAAGUCUUGCUUAACCAGAGCAGUGUUGAAGUCUCAGUUAACCAGAGCUGUUUAUGUCUUGCUUAACCAGAACUCACUUUAAGUCUUGCUUAACCAGAACAGUGUUGAAGUGUCACUUAACUAGAACUGAUUUUAAGUCUUGCUUAAGCAGUGUUUAAGUCUUCAUUAACCAGAACAGUGUUUAAGUCUUACCUAAGCAGAGCUGGGUUUAAGUCUUGCUUAACCAGAACUCACUUUAAGUCUUCGUUAACCAGAGCCAUGUUUAACCCCGAGCCAGGGCUCAGGUCCUGCCCCUUGCUCCCGGCCAUUCCCAAACCCCUUCCUCCUUUUCCAACGCGGGCAGCUGGAAUUCCACCCCCCGCCUUAGCCGUAGCUCCUCCACUUUUGUAAUCUUGUCCUAACAAACCCGGGUUAGUGGGAUUUGUACCUUUUUUAUAUACGCAA